AUGUUCAGAUCUUUGGUGAAUAGACCGUUUCUUCGACUAGGUAACCCACUUAUAAGGCCAUCAAGGCUAAUAGCUUUCAAUUUUGCCUCGGGAUUCCCAACAAACCAUGCUUCAAUAACAAAAUCAACACCACCAUUGACACAAUCCAUUGUUCAUCAGAUAUCAAUACAACGCCAAUUCUCAACAAAACCAAUAUUGAAUUUCACUAAACCCCCAAGAUUCAAUGCUAGACCUCCAUCCACACUUUCAUUAAUAUGGCAUUUGAUUCCAGAUCCGCUGAAGUUGUUCAUUGCAAUCAUGGGGACCGCAUCUUUUAUAAUGUUCAUUGCAGCUCCGUUAAUAUUGAUUGUUUUACCGCCUUUAUUUAUUGGUUGUUAUUUGACAUCAAGGUAUUGGCUCAAGAAGAGAUCAAAAGAUAUGGAAGGAAGAUGGGAAAACUUGUUGAAAACUCAUUUAACUUAUGAAGGUUCAGAACUUGAUCAAAUGAAAUUAAAAGAUUUUACAUUGGAAAGAUUAGUUGACGCUUUUGAAACAAAUGAAGAAGGAAUUGCUGAUUUUUUCGAAGGUUCAGGCUCUGCUAAUCAACAUCAUUCAUUUUCAUCAAGAUUUGAAUUAACCGGUAUUGAAACAAUUGAUCAAGAUUUUAGAAUAUCUAAAUUGGGUAUUCAAGAAUCAAUCAGUGUUAUGUCUUUUGGAUUGAUUGAUAAAGAUAGUAGGGUUGGUAGAAUUGCAACAGUAAUAUUGACAUUACGUCCAAAAAGAGUUACAACUCUAUUAGAAGCUCACACUUCAUCACAAGAUGCUGUUAUUGAAAUAAAACCAGUGUUUAAUGCGUUUGGAAAAUCGUUUAUCUUGAACAAAGGAAGCGACUUUGGCAAUAGCUUCUCUGAUAGAAUCAUUGAUAUUAAGGCACACAAUACAAGAAAAUAUAGAUAG